GUCGAUCUAAGACAGAUGACGAAAAUGUAAGUUUUUAUUAUUUUAAAUAUAAAACUCAAUAUUCAUAAUCUAUGUUACAUUAGAUGGAAGAGGACGAAGAUGAAGAUGUUGAUAGUGAAGGUUCAGGGUCUGAUGGAAAUUUGUCAUCUUGUAAGUAAAAAUACUUUUUUUUUUCACAAUUUGUGUAGUUUUCGUGUGGAUUUAAACUAGUGUUUCCAUCCUUUUUGGAAGACAUCAUAACCGGUGAAAUGAAUAUUAACUAUGACAGAAAUCACUUUUCAAGCAGUAGCAGUAACAGUAGCGUGGUCAGUACCCAUUCCCUUUCAGGUACACCCUUGUCUGAUUCAAGUUUUGAUGCAAGUGUAAAUACAGACCCAGAAGACAUAGGUGCUUAA